AUGAGUUCGAAAAUAUUUAACAUUGUGUUAUGUGUUUAUGGAAAACAUGAAGGGUAUAAGGGAUAUCAAGUAUAUAACAUAGACUUAAAGACAGAAGAACAGCAGAAAAACCUUCACCUACUAAAGAGUGAUGGAAUAGACUUUUGGAGGAAGCCAUCUCAGAAAUAUGGAGUUGUGGGCAAGGCUAUGGUCCCACCGUCACAUAGAAUGUGGUUUGAAGACAAAUUAGAGGAACUAGGAGUAGAGAAGGAGAUUGCAAUCAAUGACGUUUUUGAGUACUUAUUGGAAACACAAGAGUUCAAAAAUGCCGAUACAUCUUUCGACUUUGCGGGAUACUACAGAUAUGAUAAGAUCAUAGACUACAUGAAAACAAUUGAAACCUCAUACGAAAACUCCACUGAUAUAGAAAUUAAAUUAGUAGAAAAUGGAACAACUGACGAAGGUAGACCCAUCGUCUACUUCAAAAUAGGCAAUCCAACUAGAAAUAAUUCAGUGGUUAUCAUAGAAGCUGGAAUAAAUCCACGUGAGUGGAUUACUGUGCCCGCCGCGUUAAAUGUUGUGGACAAAGUGAUUCAGCAAAGACGAUUACUGGAUGGUUUUGACUGGAUCAUUAUUCCAGUGGUGAAUCCAGAUGGUUAUGAAUAUACACACACCAAUCUUCGUCUUUGGACGAAAAAUCGAAGCGUGCGCAGCAAUCUUGGCACCAUCUGUCCCGGCGUAAACAUCAAUCGUAAUUUCGAUAUUGACUGGCAAAUAUCCGACUCCAGCACAAGCCCCUGCAGCCAUUUAUACGCUGGUACGGAGCCAUUUUCGGAACCGGAAACCAGAUUUAUCAGAUCACUACACAUGGAGUACAGUGAACGUAUACUACUAUAUAUUUCCUUGCAAAAUACAGCCGGCUUCAUUGCCUACCCAUGGCAGUAUGAACGCGCGGCAAGUGGCAUGUUUCGCCAGCAUUAUGUUCUGGGUACACAAAUGGUGGAUGCCAUGGGUGGUGAUUACAAUCUAGACAUUGGUUCUUUGGCAUUUGGUGAUCGUGCUUCUGGAACUAGCACAGAUUAUCUAACGUUGAAUGGUGUGUUAUAUGCGUUUAAUAUCGAUGUACAAGAUCAAGAUGUACAAGCAGAAGAUAUUAAAACCGUUGUAGAUAACGUUUGGAGAGGUAUAGCGGUUGCAGCUGAGAGUUUUUUAGAAUAA